AUGGCGUCCCUGCUGCGCAAGAAAUGGAUCCUGAAGUCUAUGCUGGACCCCUCCACCCUUCCUUCCCAAAAGCCGUUUGCUCAGAUCACCAAAGUGCACAAGUACGUGAGCGAAAGCGUGGCGGCCGAGUGCACACUGUCGGACAGCUUCCAUUGCAUCGAUGCGCUCCUCACGCCCGGCGCCAUCCAGGAGUUCCUCGCGUACCUCUCCUCCAUCAGCCAGCCCGCCUGCCCGCCGGCACUUGCUUGUUCGUGGGUGGUGGUGCACCACCACGUCAACUAA